UAUCAACACACCCGGAUCGCUUUAAUGUUUAAUUUACUGCCAGUGAUUAUUAGGGAUAUCAUCUCAGUGGCAUUGCGGUCUACAGACGUCUGUGUUGCCUUCAGGACUUGAUCAUGCUGCAGGGGACUCGGUUCACGACAGGGCUAUUACCCCCAACUUUAAUACCAACUACAGGAGAGGUAGUGCAAGUACCCGGGCCAUAUGGAGGAUAUGUCUUCAGUCAAAUGGCUUCACAACAACCAACGAACUAUAUGCAGUCUAACUUAGUCAGAUUCCCAAUGUGGCCCACGGAACAAAUAGGAUUACGGAACCCAAGUGGAAAGAAAGUAACAGUUACACCAUUACCAGGACCUUUGAUUCCAACCGGGGCUUUAAUCAGACAAACUUUACCAGGACAAGAGAUCCAAAAUUGCAACAAAUCUGUAUAUAACCCAUAUGAAAUUGACAGGAAUACAGAAAAUGCAAAACCAGAUGACCAAGAGGGUAAAGACAGUCAGGAAGAAACGAUUGGACCUGAAGAAGAUGAUCAAAACAAAGCAGUUGAAGAUGAACACACUACAGAAUCUUCAAGUUACCCACAAGAACCUGCUAGUUCAGCAACGGGCAUCGCAGGUGACGAUACAAUUACGUCUCCGCGAAACAGUUCCCAGCAUGUCUCAUUCAAUCCAUCUGUCCUCGAUACGCGGGUCCCCCACGGUCAAAUGGACGUAGAUGAUGAACCGGAGGACUAUGAUGACGAUGACGCCAAAGUAGAUAGUAAAUCUAGGAGAAAAAGGACUGCAUUUUCCAGUGAACAACUCAUGGAAUUAGAAAACGAAUUCCAAUACAAGAAGUACCUUUCUCUACAAGAACGUUGCCAUUUGGCUAAGACACUAAAACUCAGCGAGGUGCAGGUAAAAAUCUGGUUCCAAAACAGGAGAGCAAAAUGGAAGAGGGUUAAAGCCGGAAGUUCACAAAAUAGAGCGCCAUCUUUACCACAGAGGAAUGGCAACACUCCGCAGACGACCAAUUGUAACAAACCUAAGAUAAUUGUUCCAAUACCCGUCCAUGCUAACAGAAUGACAGCAAGAAAUGCUAAAUUAUUUUAGAAACGUGUCUACUUGGAAUAAUUUGGACAUUUUAUAAACGACAUUAUUGCACACACUCCCCUCCAAACAUUUGGCAAUUCCGACUUUCUAAUGAAUAGCGGUUUUAAAGCUAAUGAUUUGUAAUUUUUUCCUCAAUAUCGCAAAACUUUCUGAGGGUUGGUUGUUGUCCUUUUGGUUAAUAUGAAAAUUUGCCUGAUGUAAUUCCUCAUUUACUUCCAACGUUGACUGUGUUCCAGAUGAUGGAACUGUGAAUUUUUCAAAGUCAGGUGGUUUCGUAUUUUAACACUCAUUAUCCGACACGUUUUUACAAUAUACAUAAACUCAUCUUUAUUGACAAUUCAAAUCCCAUAGAUUUCUCUUCGAGAAAUUGAUGUGUUUACGUCGAACUAGAUUGGGGUUCAAACUUGAAAAAAUCACGACAUUCUUGAUUGUAGGUUAUGUCGAAUUUUCGGUACUUUUUCCAUAAUGAAUUUGGACAGACUGUAUUCAUACACUUCGACAUAUGAUCAAGAUAUCUCAGUUUAUUUUCUGAAAAUAUUUAGGAAAGGGAAGCAGUACCACGAUUCUUCUUGACUAGUUCCAACAUUUCACCAUCGCCAUCUCUUUUCUUCCUUUUAGUGCACGUGGAAAUUGAAAUUAUGAUGUAAAUGCAACAAAAUACAAAAUGCGUCUCGUUGCAUUUAUCAUGCAAUGUGUAUAAUUAUUAACUGUAACUAUGUAAAAUAUUAUUAAGCACUUUAUAAAAUGAUAAAAUAAACAUUUUAUUAGUAGAAUACAACUUGUUCACUUAUGAACGGAUGCCAAUGUGUUGGAGACAAUUGCCAAAAGAUAGAACGUAUAAUACGUAUUAUUGUAUAAAUACAGGGUGAUUCAGGAAGUGGAACAUUACUUUAAUGUAUGUAGCAAAAGGUCCAUGUGCAGUAUGGC